CGCCGAGCCCGCGCCCCGCCGCCACCUCGGCCCGGGAGCCAGGGAGCGAGCCCUGCGUGUCAGCACGGGGCGCCGGAGCCGCGGGGCGCACGGAGGCACCUAGAGGGGAGCGCCCCGGGGUGCCCGCAGCUCCGAACAAGAUGCAGCGGGCCGGAGGCGGUGGCGCCCCCGGGGGAAACGGCGGGGGCGGCGGCGGGGGCCCAGGCACUGCCUUCUCCAUCGACUCCCUGAUCGGGCCGCCGCCGCCGCGCUCCGGCCACUUGCUCUACACCGGCUACCCUAUGUUCAUGCCCUAUCGGCCGCUCGUGCUGCCUCAGGCGCUGGCCCCCGCGCCGCUGCCCGCAGGUCUCCCGCCUCUUACCCCGCUAGCCUCCUUCGCCGGCCGCCUUACCAACACCUUCUGCGCCGGGCUGGGUCAGGCUGUGCCCUCGAUGGUGGCGCUGACCACCGCGCUGCCCAGCUUCGCGGAGCCUCCCGACGCCUUCUACGGGCCCCCGGAGCUCGCAGCCGCCGCUGCCGCCGCCGCCACUGCCACCCGAAACAACCCCGAGCCAGGCGGCCGACGCCCAGAGGGCGGGCUGGAAGCCGACGAGCUGCUGCCGGCCAGGGAGAAAGUGGCAGAGCCCCCACCACCUCCGUCUUCGCACUUCUCAGAGACUUUUCCAAGUCUGCCCGCAGAGGGGAAGGUGUACAGCUCAGAUGAGGAGAAGCUGGAGGCACCAGCAGGAGACCCAGCAGGCAGCGAACAGGAGGAAGAGGGCUCAGGCGGUGACAGCGAAGACGACGGCUUCCUGGACAGUUCUGCAGGAGGCCCAGGGGCUCUUCUGGGACCUAAACCGAAGCUAAAGGGAAGCUUGGGCACUGGAGCUGAGGAGGGGGCACCGGUGGCCGCAGGGGUCACAGCUCCUGGGGGGAAAAGCCGACGGCGUCGCACAGCAUUUACCAGUGAGCAGCUUUUGGAAUUGGAGAAGGAAUUUCAUUGCAAGAAAUACCUGAGCUUGACAGAGCGCUCCCAGAUUGCCCAUGCCCUCAAGCUCAGUGAGGUGCAGGUCAAGAUCUGGUUUCAGAAUCGUCGGGCCAAGUGGAAGCGCAUCAAAGCCGGCAAUGUGAGCAGCCGUUCUGGGGAGCCUGUAAGAAACCCCAAGAUUGUUGUGCCCAUACCUGUGCAUGUCAACAGGUUUGCUGUGCGGAGCCAGCACCAACAAAUGGAGCAGGGGGCCCGGCCCUGAAUGGGUGCCCAAGGACUUAGGGAGGCGAGGGUCUGUACCUGAGCCUGUUCUGAGACUGUCAGGGUUCUGUGGACCAGAGGGGCUGCAACUGUGAUUCUGCCUGGAGAGGGGCUAGUUGGCAAUUAACGUAGUCCUGGAUGUGCUCCUCCCAGAACCUGAGAUGUGUGAGCACUUGGCCCUGAGCCUGUUCCACAGACUUUCAGGACUAGGGGCUUCAGGGUUAAAGGGGCUGGGGUUCUAAUUGCUGAGGAGCUGUUGGGACUGAGGUGGACUCCUGGGGAGGGGGUGGGUUCUAAGAUGCCUAGGGCCUGAAGGUUCUGUGACAAAUGCUCUGGAACAGCUUCUGAUGGGUGGAAGAAUCAGGCAAUACCUAGCCAAGUGGAUCACAGCUCCUUAUUUAUUUGUGUAAAUGUGUAUAUAUGGAGCUAUCUGUCUCUGUCUGUCUGUCUGCACCCCUGAGAGGGAUUGGGAAAGUUGUUUCCUCAAUCCUCAGCCAGAGUUCGUCCGUCCUGCUGCUUUGGGAUGGGCCGCAUCUUGCCUCUCCUUACAAAGAAACGAAAUGGAACCGUCACUGGCCUCUGUAGAAAUUCUUCAGCACGCCCCCAUCUCCCCUGCCCUAUGUAAACUACCUCUACCUCUGCGCUUUUCCACUGGGGACUGCCCACUGCUCUUGCCUCUACACCUCGUGCUCCUAACGUACUAUCUCUUCUGCUUCCCCUUAAACAGGCAGGCUUCUCCAGCUCUUUCUCCUCCUUGAAUGAGUUGGCAGACUUUGGGAGAGAUUCACU